AUGAAACUUAAUCCAAGAAAAUGCAAAGAAAUGCUAUGCAACUUUAUGCUUAACCCGAAUAUUGUAGAGAAACCAAUAUUUAUCGGUGAUCAAGAGAUUGAACGGGUUUCAACCUAUAAGCUUUUAGGUGUCGUACUUAGUGAUGACUUAAAAUGGAAUAGCCACAUUGAUUAUAUCGUCUCGAAAGCUAGCAAACGUUUAUACGACCUUAGACUUAUGAAAUGGGCUGGUGCAAAACCGCCAGUUAUUCUUAAGAUAUACAAGAGUACUGUUAGACCAAUUCUUGAAUAUGCAGUGCAAGUGUGGCAAAGCAUACCAGGAUAUUUGUCUGGUCGUGUCGGAAUAUACAAAAAAGAGGGUAUAAUAUAA